ACAGUCCCGCUGACACUUCAGUGUGUUCAUAUUCUCUGAGCACCUGAACGCAGCAGAGGGACGUCAUCACAGUGCGCAUGAGCGGAAAUCUGGCGCCAAGUACAGACCCGAUUAGAGAAUUGAGUAGGCUCUGACUGAAGUAAUUAAUGGCCACUACAACUACAGCAGUCGACGUUUUACCCGUUUAACAACGUUUCACAGCGUUUAUCAGUUAAACCGGCGGGAAGUGCGUAAUUUAGAACACUAAGUUGAUUAAGGCCGCUGCUGACUUCAGCGAGGAGACACGAUGUCUUCACUAACUCUGAACGGAGUGACGGUGAAUUUCCCUUUUCCUCCAUAUGACUGUCAGAAGGACUACAUUAGCAAAGUCAUUGAAUGUCUUCAGAAGAAGGUGAAUGGGGUUCUGGAGAGUCCCACAGGUACUGGUAAAACCCUGUGCCUACUGUGUGCCACCCUGGCCUGGAGAGAGCACUUCAAGGACACAGUCUCUGCCCGCAAGAUAGCAGAGAGGCUAGGUGGUGAGGUGAUGUUCCCAAACACGCCUCUGUCAUCCUGGGGGACGGCUGCUACAGACGGUGACACACCAACCUACACAGAUGUUCCCAAGAUCAUAUAUGCGUCCAGGACACACUCUCAGCUCGCACAAGUUAUCAAUGAGUUAAAGAACACUUCAUACAGGCCAAAGGUUUGUGUGCUAGGAUCAAGAGAGCAGCUGUGUAUCAACCAGGAAGUUAUGCGUCAGGAAAGCAACCACGCCAAGGUCCACAUGUGCAGAGGAAAAGUUUCCACCAGGUCAUGUGUCUACUAUAAUAAUGUUGAAGGGAAGAGCACUGACAAAGACUUGGUGAAUUCCAUCCUUGAUGUGGAAGACUUAGUCAAAUUUGGAAACAAACAGAGGGUCUGUCCUUACUACCUCUCCCGUUCCUUGAAACAGCAAGCAGAUGUCAUUUUUAUGCCGUACAACUACCUGCUGGAUCCAAAGAGCCGCAGGGCUCACAAUAUCGAACUAAACGGAGCUGUGGUCAUCUUUGAUGAAGCUCACAAUGUGGAGAAGACAUGUGAAGAAUCAACAUCAUUUGACCUGAGUCCGUAUGAUGUAGCUUCAGCCGUUAAUGCUGUGGACAGGCUGCUGGUGGAGAAGGCUAAAGAUGUCUGCCAUGGAGACUCUGCCACUGAGGAUUUCAAUGUAGAAUCCCUCAACUCUGGUUUAAAAAUGGACAUAGCCACCAUUGCUAGAAUCAAGCAGAUACUGCUGGAUCUGGAAGCUGCCAUCGAUUCUUAUGAUGUUCCAAGUGACAAAGGCGUCACGAAACCUGGAAUCUUCAUCUAUGAGCUGUUGGAGAGAGCCCACCUGACCUACAACAGCAAGACGGCUGUCUAUGAAGCUCUGGAGCAGAUCAGUACAUUCUUAGCAGGACAGCCAGGAAUAUUCCUGAACACAAGUGGACUACAGAAGCUGGCUGAUAUCAUACAGCUGGUGUUCUGUGGUGAACCAUCGGAAAAAGAAAGACAACAGCAAAUGCAGUCCAAUACAGCUCAUUUUAAGGUCCAUAUCCAUCGAGACACCAGCUAUCACAAGAAAAAACAAAGCACUGAUGUGUGGGCUUCAUCUUCCUCAAAGAAACAAGGCAACAUCCUGAGUUACUGGUGCUUCUCUCCUGGCUUCAGCAUGCAGGAUCUGGUGAAUCAAGGUGUUCGCUGCAUCAUUUUGACCAGUGGUACUCUCUCUCCCCUCUCCUCAUUCACCUCUGAGAUGAGGAUAGAAUUCCCAGUGACUCUGGAGAACAGCCAUGUGAUUGAGCGGGACCAGAUCUUUGUUAGCGUCAUUGACCGAGGCCCAGAUGGAGUGCAGUUAAGUUCAGCGUUUGACAGAAGGUUUGUUCCUGAAAACAUGGCAUCUUUAGGCAACACUGUUGCCAACCUGAGCCGUGUGGUACCUCAUGGUCUCUUAGUGUUUUUUCCUUCCUUCCCUUUAAUGGAAAAGACCCUUGACUUCUGGAGAGCUAAUGGACAUGCAGAUCGCAUUGAGAACGUAAAGCCUAUGUUUGUUGAACCUAAAGGAAAGGGCACCUUUACUGAGAUAAUUGAUGGAUAUUACAACAAAGUCAAUGAUCCAGCAUCCAAAGGGGGAUCUUUCUUUGCUGUGUGUCGAGGGAAGGCUAGCGAGGGUCUGGAUUUUGCAGACACCUUUGGUCGGGGUGUCAUCAUCACUGGCCUUCCUUUCCCUCCAAAGAUGGACCCUCGAGUCAUCUUGAAGAUGCAGUUCUUGGAUGAGAUGUGUCGGAAGAAAACUCCUGGGCUGAAGUACCUGUCUGGGCAGCAGUGGUACAGACAGCAGGCUUUCCGAGCAGUGAAUCAGGCUAUUGGGAGAGUCAUUCGCCACAAGGAUGACUAUGGAGCCAUCUUCCUGUGUGAUCAGAGGUUUAAAAUGUCUGAUGCCAGGGCUCAGCUUCCAUCGUGGGUCAGGCCGUAUGUGCGUCUCUAUGAUGGCUUUGGGAAUGUGGUCCGUGAUGUCUCUCAGUUCUUCAGGGUUGCACAGAAAAUGAGGCCUGUGGUAGAGAAGAAGGCUGCACCAGAGAGCUGUAGAACAGUGUGUUUACCACACACUCAGUCCUCUUCCCUCACUUCCUGCUCAUCCUCCCAAAGCUCCCAUACCCAGAAGGCCAAGAUGCUGGAUGCCCACCUUCCCAGCCUGAAGAGGAGGAGACUCAAUGAACACACAGGAGCCAAGGGGAUGGCCAGUAUCUGCAUGGAGUAUGAGUGUGAGGUGCAGGAGAGUCAGAGGAGACCAGCCAACCUGCUGGAUUUCCUGGAACGAGGUGACCAUUGCAGUGCAGAGGACGAUGAUGCUGUUGUGGGAGAGGAGAAGGCAAAUAGUUUGUCCACACUUUCUCUUCAAUAUGACAAGAGGAUGGAUGAUGAAUUGCGGGGAGGCAAACGUAAAAUCAAGUUGGUCCAAGAACAGAAAAUGAGCAGGUUGGAGGAUGUGUCUGAGGAAGGUAAAGCAAGGAGGGCAAAGAAUUUUCUGGCAGAGAUGAAGAAGUCACUGAGCCAGGUUACCUUUGACCGCAUUGUACAGGCUCUGCAGACUUACAAGAAGACAGACAACCUGGACGUCCUGCUGACUGAGACAGCUGUCUUAAGUGAAGACACUAAUACUCAUAGUCUGCUCCGGGGUGUCUACCAGUUUGUCCGCCCACAUCAUAAAAAGAGGUUUGAUGAGAAAUGCCAGGAGCUGACCGGGCAGGGCUGUGGAUUCAAACCUGAUCAAUCUCUGGCUAAGGACAAGAAGAAAGCACUGAUGCUGUACAGUGCUACAGACAGACAGCCCACUGUGGGUCAGACCUCCUCCAGUGGGACAUCGACCUGCAGUCAGCUGAACACACAGAAACUCAACAAAGGAGGACACCACCUAAACCAGCAAGGAUUAAGAGAACCUCAGACUGGUUCUGGCUCUGCUCCAAAGAGUGAAGUGCAUGCCACGUUUCUCGCUGAUGUAAAAAAAGCCCUUGGACCAGAAAAAUCUGCGCAGCUCUUUCAGGCCAUUUACAGCUACAAGAAGACCGACAACUACGAAAACCUGGUGACCACAGUGGUGAGCUUAUUCACGGAGAGAGAUGAGGACUUGAAUCUUCUAGUCAGGUUUGGCAUGUUUAUUCGUCCUCACCAUAAGAAGCAGUACAAAGAGAUGUUGGAUGUGUUGAUAGGUCAGUCAGUAUCUGCUGCUGAUGUUCCUGCUGUGAGUGAAGACCAGAGAAGAUUCGAUAAAGGACAACUCAAUGUAUUAUAGUAUAAUGGAAACGUAUUUGUAUUUCUUAUAUUUUGCUUCAUUUUUCUUGUAUCUUCUUCUAGAGGUCACUGAAAUCAUUAGGGAACAUCCUACAUCCUAAUGGAGACCAUUAAUGUCUGAAACAAGGUUUUUGGCAAUCUAUCCAAUAGAUGUUAGUGGUUGAUAGUUGUUGGUAGUUGCACUGCAUCAGUCAGCACUUUUAGCAGAAGCUACCAGUUUGCGUCUGCUUCCAGUGCUAAGCUAAACACACCACUGUUUUGAACCCACCUACAACGAUUUUAACCACAUUCUCGCUGACCAAUCAUGGACAGGUACCUAGGAACAAAAUUCUUUACUGUGAAAAAAAACAAAGAAUCCAGCACACUGUUACGUUUGUUAUUCACUUUAUUAACAAUGUUUAAGUAGAUCUCAGGGACAAAUAUUGUUAAUGAAGUGAAUACAAAUAAUCAACAUUGUACAGAUGUUAUUUAAAUUAUAUAUAUUUUUUUUUUAAUUAAAGACUUUGUUGAAAACCACCAAUGUCCAAGCCCAUACAGGCUAUACAGGCUCAGUUAUUUCCUAAAACAGCUGGACACUAGUUUUUAUCAAAAAAAAAAAAAAAAAAAAAACAGGAGGUAAUAGUGCUUUUGUUUGGGGCUAUUUGGAGUGGAGGAUGAAUCCACAUUUGGUGCUCUAGUGAGUAUUUGAAGAUACAAUAAAAUAAACUAGUGCAACAGUGUGGCUAAGUGAUGUAUUUUUAAUAGUUUUUGGAGAGUGAUGGAGCUCUAUGGCACAGAGAAAGAAGAUAUAUCAGGCUUUGAUACACACACACACACACACACACACACACACAAUCACACACAAUACUUGUUAGUAGAUACAUUCACUGUUGGUCUGGGUCUUUUCAGGAUAUUAAUAUUACCAGAUUUACUAUAUCCUUUAAAGACAGCUAUCGGCCUGCACUGCUGUCUGCCACUAAGUCUUCUUUUACACUAUCACACAGAAUGGACACAGGGAAGGGACAUCUGGCUCAUGACAAGACUCAGAGUUUAUGGAGAGAGUGACACUCACUCUAGUAAGCAGAGUAAAGUUUUGUCACAAGGGUGGAAGGGCUUUGUAAUGUAACUGUAAAUUAAUUUUCAUGAAAAGUGAAAAUGUAAUGGAGAAAUAAAAUGCGCAUAUAUAUAUAUAUAUAUAUAUAUAUAUAUAUAUAUAUAUAUAUAUAUAUAUAUAUAUUUUAACUAAUUAAACUCACAAAAUCUA